CUCCCUGAGCUAAACGGGAGGGAACGAGGUGGAGCAGCUGGGUGUGGGGUGCACUGAGCCGGUGGGUAAGCCGCGUUGGAGAGAACUAAAGGGUCUGAUCGGACUUAGGUUGCGCCGAAGGGACAGCUCUGAGUCUGGAGGAGAGAAUCCCGGGCCGUGAGACCCGCCUUCCCUUGCCCGGGCCCCUCCCAGUUCCCCCAGCGACGGCUGCUUCCUGGUCCCCGACGCAACCAUGGCUGAAGAACAACCUCAGGUCGAAUUGUUCGUGAAGGCUGGGAGUGAUGGCGCCAAGAUUGGGAACUGCCCCUUCUCCCAGAGACUGUUCAUGGUGCUGUGGCUCAAGGGAGUCACCUUCAACGUUACCACCGUGGACACCAAGAGACGGACAGAGACGGUACAGAAGCUUUGCCCCGGUGGGCAGCUCCCGUUCCUGCUCUACGGCACCGAAGUGCACACAGAUACCAACAAAAUCGAGGAGUUCCUGGAGGCCGUGCUGUGCCCUCCCAGGUACCCAAAGUUGGCUGCUCUGAACCCCGAAUCCAACACCUCGGGGCUGGACAUAUUUGCCAAGUUUUCUGCCUACAUCAAGAACUCAAACCCGGCCCUCAAUGACAACCUAGAGAAGGGACUCCUGAAAGCCCUGAAGGUUCUAGACAAUUACUUGACAUCCCCCCUCCCGGAAGAAGUGGAUGAAACCAGCGCCGAGGAUGAGGGCAUCUCUCAGAGGAAGUUUCUGGAUGGCAAUGAGCUCACCCUGGCUGACUGCAACCUGCUGCCAAAGCUUCACAUAGUCCAGGUGGUGUGCAAAAAGUACAGAGGAUUCACCAUCCCGGAGGCGUUCCGUGGAGUGCAUCGGUACUUGAGCAACGCUUACGCUCGGGAAGAAUUCGCCUCCACCUGUCCUGACGAUGAAGAGAUAGAGCUGGCCUAUGAGCAAGUGGCCAGGGCUCUCAAAUGAGCACCUUUUUAAGGGUCCUUCACCCACUCUGUGCUCUCCACAGAGGCUUCCACGUUGCUACAUAAUGGACACACUCCGAUAUAGCCAAUGGGCAGGAAAUCCGGGGCACUUGUGCAGGGCCGGGGAUGGGACUGGGGAUAAGGGAAAGAUUAGAGGACAAGGGUAAGAUUUUUAUUUUUGGGUGGGUUGGGUAAGACAACGUAUUUCAGUAAUAAAAUACAGAAUGGAAAAA